CGCACGCGAGAGAGAGAGAGAGAGAGAGAGAGAGAGAGAGAGAGAGAGACUUGAAGAGAGCUUAUGUACACUAGGAUGACAGAGGUGAUGUACUCGUCUCAGAGAAAGUGACAGGACACGCUCAUUCUCUCACACCCACAGGCUGGCUGACCCUGGGGGAUUCUCAUGUCUCCUCAAAGCACCGAGGAACUUCAAGCAGCUGCUCUUCUCUGCUACGGAAAACCUGGAGAAUAUCUAAACCAACUGUCUUUUCCUCUAAUGUUCUCUUUGGAAGGCAUCUUCUUUUCCCUGACAGUUCAGGGUUCCUCUGGGAUCCCACAUUAGAGGAUUUACUGACAAAACAAGGAUUUCUGUUCAGCUCAAAUGGUCUUGUAACCAAGAUUUUUGGAUCUAAAUCAAAGGCUACUGGGUCACAUUUUCAUUUCUAGUGAAUAGGACGUUGCAUGUCCGACAGGUUAUUUGUCUCAUCUCAUCAAUUUUGAUGUUUUCAAGAGGAUUGUAGUGUUUGGGACUUUCACAGUCUUAGCAUUUCCAAACACACAAAGCUGAUUAAAUCGGCGGUUUGGGUCUCCACCAACAUUUAGGACACAUACCAGCAAACAGCAGGAGCUUUAUACACUGAGGGCAGACAGAGAGAUUGGGUGAACAGAGAGGGUGAGGGGGAUCCUAGAGCCAUCACAAGCUGUAAUGACCAAGAGAGACACUUUGUAAAUCUUCCUAAAAACAUCUGCAGGAUACUGAAGUACUACUGCUGAAGAAGGUGAAAUUACCUGCAGCUCACAGCACAAUUAGGUGUGUGUUGGUGUUAACAUGGAAGUCCCUGCACUGGUCUUAAUGGUUUUGCUCCUGGUGUGUGAUCUCCCCUUAUUGGAAGGCAACACUGGAGUUCAGGAGUUUGACAACAGUGAUGAAGGCCCAGAGCCUGGAUUCCUCUCCAGUUCACGCACCCGUCGGGCCCCAGAAGUCCCUGCCCAGGACAAGUGCUCUUAUACCUUCAUUGUUCCCCAGCAGAAGGUCACAGGUGCUAUCUGCGUUAAUUCAAAGGAGCCUGAGGCUGUACUGGAGAAUCGAGUGAAUAAGCAGGAGCUGGAGCUUGUUAACACUGAGCUCCACAAGCAGAAGAGGCAGAUUGAGACUCUACAGCAGCUCGUGGAAGUGGAUGGUGGUAUUGUCAAUGAGGUGAAACUCUUGCGCAAAGAAUCGCGCAACAUGAACUCUCGUGUGACACAACUCUAUAUGCAGCUUCUCCAUGAGAUUAUCCGCAAGCGAGACAAUGCACUGGAGCUUUCUCAACUGGAGAACAAAAUUCUGAACCAGACAUCAGAGUUGUUGCAGCUUUCCAACCGCUACAAAGAUCUGGAACAUAAGUACCAGCAUUUGUCAUCGCUGGCAAACAAUCAGUCAGCUCUCAUUGCUCUACUUGAGGUACAAUGUCAGAACAGACCCCCAGUGGUGGCACCUAGACCACUGCCCCAACCCCAGCCACAACCUCAACCAAGGCCCUCUCCACCUAUUAACAAACCAUACCAACCACCUAUAUAUAACCGCAACAACCAGAUAACCAAUGAGAUCCAGAGUGAUCAAAACCUCAAAGUGCCACCACCUUCACUACCCACCAUGCCAAGUGGCACUCACAGCCCAUCAACAACUAACAAGCCUUCUGGCCCCUGGAAAGACUGUCUGCAGGCCUUGGAAGAUGGCCAUACCAACAGUGGCAUGUACCUAGUGAAGCCUGAGAAUACCAACAAGCUGAUGCAGGUGUGGUGUGACCAAAAGCAGGACCCUGGAGGCUGGACAGUCAUCCAGAGACGCAUGGAUGGCUCAGUGAACUUCUUCAGGAACUGGGAAACUUACAAGCAAGGCUUUGGAAAUAUAGAUGGAGAGUACUGGCUAGGGCUGGAGAACAUUUACUGGUUGACCAAUCAGGCCACCUACAAGCUUCUGGUGACCCUGGAGGACUGGGCUGGGCGCAAAACAUUUGCCGAAUAUGCCAGCUUCAGGCUGGAACCUGAAGCUGACUUCUACAAACUACGGGUGGGACGUUACCAUGGCAACGCUGGCGAUUCUCUUACCUGGCACAACGGCAAGCAGUUUACCACACUGGACAGAGAUCAUGAUGCAUACACAGGUAACUGUGCUCACUAUCAGAAGGGAGGCUGGUGGUAUAACUCCUGUGCCCACUCCAACUUGAAUGGUGUUUGGUAUCGAGGUGGACACUAUCGCAGCCGCUACCAAGAUGGAGUGUACUGGGCUGAAUUCAGAGGAGGAGCCUACUCCCUAAAGAAAGUGGUGAUGAUGAUCCGCCCCAACCCCAACACGUUUCACUGAACAGCAUGCAAAUGAGAGGAAAAGGCUGAACCCUAUUCCUCAACAUCUACACCCGUACAUACAUAUAUAGCCUAAACAUACAGAAAAGUUGAAGAUGUUUAUAUUUAUGAUAAAAGGCAACUUUAGGGUGAUAAAGGGAACAAGGGACAAAGGAAUUCCCUCUAAGUUCGUGUCAAGAAAACUUAUGGCCUUCAUAUUCUACUUGCCACAACAGUUUCCGCUUUGUGGUCAUUUGGACGAAUUGUUUCCAAUAUAAUUUUGUCUUUGUUUAACUAAAGGGGAAAAAAAAGGCAACUUGUCCUCAUGUAGAUUUUUGAACUUCUGUUCAUAUGGAAGAGAUUAAUCUACUUUUAGUGGUCAUAACAAAUAUGUGAUAGUGCAGCAAGGAAUUAGUGCUUUCAAAAAACUAGCACAUGUGACAUAAGACACAGGAUUAAUAUCUGGUGGCGGACAAGUUAUGCCCUUUUGUUUUUUGUAAAGCCAAAAAAAAAAAAACCCUGAUAAAAUAAGUGAUUAUUUCAAUUAUUACAAAUCACGGUCAAAUUUCUUGAUGCAUGCUUGUUUAUCUGCAAUACCAGAAAGAAAAUGGGCUAACCGGCCAUAAGAAGUAGUACGAUUAAUAGCAGACUGAUGCCUUGUCACUACUAGUACAAACCUGCUGGAAAAUAUCAGAAACUGUACAUUGGAAUUGCUGAAAUAUUUAAGUCCUGAUAUAUUCAAUGAAUGCCAACUUGUUGCUGUAUAUACUGCUGUUAGCAGUUUAAAAAUGCCAACGGGGGGAAAAAAGAAAAAAAAUCCAGUGGCUAGGUUGAGUAAGGCUGCUAAUGCUACCUAUAAAAAGCAGGAAUAAACAUCCACAAGGGCUUCUAGAGAUACUCAUCACAAAUCUAAUGAGCUACACAACAAAAGACAGGCAAACCUUUCUGUGCUAUAUAAAAAAAAAAAGUUUGUAUGAGUCAUAUAUCUGCUACGUAUUUAUUCUUUCUUGAAAUUUAAAAACAGUUUAAAAAAUAUCGAUAGUGCAACAAUUUCAUGUCAAUGAAACAUGAUAAAAAUUACGGUACAUCUUAUUUGUAUUACUACUGUUAAAAUGAAAUCCUAUAUUUGAUGAUAUGAAUAGUAUAAAUUAAGUAAGAAAGCUGUAUUAGAAAUGAAAACAUUCUGUACAGUGGUGCUUGAAAGUU